AAGCUGUCAUGUAAAGUUAUGGAAUAAAUAGAGGAGUGACCGCGUUGGGGUGUACCAGUUUUUCACAGGCCACCAGCAAGUGCUGCUCAGUCUGCAGCAACCAACAGCCCAUGAAACUGUUGUGCUGAAAGGAAGAAUUAACUGGUCUUUCAACUUCAGCCUUUUUAUUGUGAGAGGGAAGAUCACAGAAGUGUUACCAUGGGGAGAACAGCAGUUAAAGAUUCAAAGAAUAUUAAAAAAGAGAAAGAUGGAAAGAAUCAGCAGGCAAACAACUCGUCUUUAAAAAGUGAACAGUUUAAUUGGGAUGACUAUCUGAAAGAGACUGAAUCAGUAGCUGCCCCUCUACAUUGUUUCAGACAGUCUAGAAUUCCACCUACGAACGAUUUCAAAGUUGGUAUGAAACUGGAAGCCCGUGAUCCUCGCAAUGUUACCUCAGUUUGUAUAGCUACAGUCAUUGGAAUCACUGGUGCCAGGCUAAGGUUGCGGCUGGAUGGAAGUGACAACAAAAAUGACUUUUGGAGGCUUGUGGAUUCCUCAGACAUACAGCCCAUCGGGACCUGUGAAAAGAAAGGGGGCAUGCUCCAGCCUCCACUGGGGUUCCAGAUGAAUGCAUCAUCUUGGCCAACGUUUCUCUUAAGAACUCUCAAUGGAGCUGAAAUGGCACCUGCAGCAUUCUUUAGGAAGGAACCACCAAAACCUGUGCCAAACUGCUUUAAAGUUGGAAUGAAACUUGAAGCUAUAGACAGAAAGAACCCAUACUUGAUUUGCCCAGCAACCAUUGGAGAUGUUAAAGGAGAUGAAGUUUUUGUUACAUUUGAUGGCUGGAGAGGAGCAUUUGACUAUUGGUGCAGAUGUGAUUCUCGAGAUAUUUUCCCAGUUGGAUGGUGUAGCUUGACAGGAGAUGCAUUACAACCACCAGGGAACGAUGUUUCCAUUACAAAGAGCAGUGCAAAAAUCCAAUCUUCCCCUUCCAAAGUGACCCGGCGUUCAAUGCAGUCUCCACAGAAAUCUGCUCCAGUACCAGCACAGCGAGGCAGGAAACCAGGUCGGGGCAAACCCCCUGGACAGUCUGCAGUUCCCAAGAAGGGCCGGUCUCCUAAAAAUAUUCCCCUGACAAAAAGCACCUCUCAUACUGAAAAUCUUAAAACAAGGAAAAAAAGUUUAAAACCUGGAAAAAAGAAAAAAAUCUUGCCAGAAAAACCAACUCCAGCAUCUCCUUCUCCUCAGUCAUCUCCUGAGGGGGACAGUGGAACUACACAGAUACAUAAAGAUGGAUUUAGUUUGUCUGGUGCAACUGCAGCAGUUAUAUCCACAGUGUGUGUUUAUGUCAACAAACAUGGAAAUUCUGGGCCUCACCUGGAUAAGAAGAAGGUUCAGCAGCUUCCAGACCACUUUGGACCAGGUCCUGUCAAUGUGGUACUUCAGCAGGCUGUACAGGCUUGUGUGGAUUGUGCCUAUCAAGCCAAAACAGUCUUUGGAUUUCUGAAAUCUGGCCAUCAUGGAGGGGAAAUGAUAACUGCUUCCUUUGAUGGGGAAAAGCAUGCCAUCAAUCUUCCUUCUGUAAACAGUGCAUCAUUUGUCCUGCGCUUCUUGGAGAAGCUCUGCCACAGCCUGCAGUGUGAUAAUCUCUUCAGUAGCCAGCCUUUCAGCCCUUACAUGGGAUGUGCACAUAGUCCUACAGAGUAUGAUAGGAACAAGCCAGCCAAAGAAGAAAUACCUGAAAACAGGAAUGCUAAACGAUACUCUCAGGACUCUCCACCAUAUACUGCUCCUCUUUCCCCUAAACUUCCCAGAAAGGAUGCUCAUCCAUCUGAAGCAGAAACUUUGCCUAUAGAGGAAAACAGCACUUCCAAAGAACACCGAUUUUCUGAGGACUCUAUGGAUUCUGCACUUAAUUCUGUAAAUCUGUCAAGCCCAACCUGUCGAAAUUCCACAGAGUACCGUACUGCAGGAAGUGCUGCAUAUUACAGAAAUUCCCAUCAACCAGCAACUGCUACCUCAAAUUCAGCCCCAAUCCUGCGCAGUCUGUCUUUGAGCUCUGCUGGGAGCAGCAGUUACUGUGAAGUCAGUAGGAAUCGAAUACAGAGGCGAAUUGAAGCUGCAAGUUCCACAACUGGACCGGAUUUGAAUUCACUAAAAAGGGAACCUUCAAGAAUAUUGAAUAAGGACCCUUCCACCUGGUCAAUAGAGGAAGUGGUGCGUUUUGUGAAAGAAGCUGAUCCACAGGCACUGGCUCCACAUGCAGAACUCUUUAGGAGACAUGAAAUUGAUGGGAAGGCACUGCUCUUACUCAGGAGUGAUAUGAUAGUGAAAUAUAUGGGACUGAAGCUGGGGCCUGCCCUUAAGCUGUGCUACCACAUUGAACGACUUAAACAAGGCUUCAGCCAAUGUGUUCGUAUUCAGAACCAAAACAGCUGAAUCCCAAAGGGAAAUAAUAAAAUAAACCAGCUCCAGGUGUUUAAAAUUUUUACGGUGGUGGCUGUAAACUUUUAUAUUGCAAGAAAAACUUGAAAUAGAAGAUCUUAUCUCUGUAGUGAAUACUCUGGUCUUCCAGAAGAGAGGAAGGGUUAUGGAAGAGAGGGCUUAAUACAAAUAUAAGCUUUUAUAAAGUAUGAUUAUCAGUCCUUCAGUAAGUUAUGUGGACAAAUAUAUGGUAUAUUGUCAAUUUAUGCAGGCAAUAAAUAUUUCUGCUUCAUGGAACAGCAUAUUGGCUGUAUAAACAGCCAUUUCUGGGACAGACUGAUUUCACUGGAACAAUGCAUCCACAUCAUAAACAUUCCAUCUUUUUGCUCAGAUUGGCAUGGAUAUGUGUGUUCAUGCUUUUUAUAUGUACCUGUGUAUGUGUCAGGGAAAUACAUACUAUAUAUAUAUAUAUAUAAAUACAUACACAGUGUACAUACAUAUUCAGUUUUUAAUGUGUACUUUGCACUGUGCCAGAGAGAACUGUACAAUUUCUUCUUGUUUUUUUUACCAGUAAAUUUAGCUGUGUAUUACUUUCUUUAGCACCUGUUUAAUUUGUUCUUGGAGUCAGAAGGUGACAAACAAUCAAAAGGUGUCUUUAUUCAUUCAGGUGAGAUCCCUGUACUAUGCAAUACUCCUGAAUAUUCAUCCCUUAAAUCUGAGCCAUAUAUUCUGAUAUAUUUUUGGAAAGACACAUUGGUUACUAUGUUUUGGGUUUAUAUUUCCUGUAAGGAAGUGCUACUAUGUAACUGAUAAACCUUUUUUUGGGGGGUAAAAUUGGUGCUGUUUGUUUAAGCUGCAAGAAUGAGUGGUGAUAAUAAAACAGUUUGUUGUCACUGCGAUUGUAAUAUACAUCAGGGAGAAGAAAAUAUACUUUCUGUGUAGGAAACUGAAUGUAAUAGUGAAACCGUAUAUAAUAGUAAAGUGAUAAAACCUGUUUGCUAGGGAAGGUAUAGUCCUCAAAUGCUAGGGUUUAUUAUAUUUCUUAAUACCUUUUUAUAUGAAAGCAUAUAGUAUAAAUGUAUUUUUUACAAAUUCCUUUUUUGAAAAUGCCUUGCUUUACUAGUAGUCUGAUACUCAUCAGGUUUCAACAGAGAUACUGCUGCAAAAUAAUGAAUUUGGUGACUCACAAGUCCAAGUAUUUCGUUAAAGUGACUACAAUGCAAUUUUAAUUCAGCAAGUCAUUUGGACUUUGAGAAUUGUUUUUGUUAUUACAUCAUUAGACAUUUGACACUAAAGUUUAUAUCAAUUUGUUUGGCGUAUCUUUUGUGGCGCAUGUGUGCUUAGACAAAUAAUACAGGCAUGCUCUUUGUAGUGAAAAAAGUCAGAGCAUUGAUUGAAGAAACAGAAUAUUUUCUUUUUAUGUUAGAAAAGUACUGACUUAACUUCUGUAUGGAUACACCAACAAUUAUGUAUUAAG